AUGACAUCAUUAAUAAUUGUUGAAUCUGGUAUUUCAGAUCCAGUUGCUCCGGAAUGGGAUAAACUGUCAGGUAUAUUAAUCACUCGAUAGGUACUUAAAGAAAAGUAAUUGGGAGGAAAUUUCCAUUUCCGUCCUCUUUGUUUAAUCAUAAUCAGCAUAAUCAAUUAAUCAAUGGUUUUAAAAACCCCUGUCUACCUUAAAUCCCUUCACAAACCAGGCGCGGAGUUAGGAUUUAAACACUGACUGAUUUCCUAAACAAGCGAAGGAGCAAGCUUCUAAGGGGUCCGGGGCAGGCUUCUACAGGAACGUUUUUGGAUUUUUAACUCCUAAAUUCCCCUUUCCUGGGUUUCCAGGUCAUUCAGACAGGAUAUUGGCCAGAUUUCAACUGGGAAAGUGUUUUUUAUUAUUAAAAAUAUAUUUGUUAUGAGAAAUCUGACGGUAGAAACCAGAGUGAAUCUACGCCUGUAAACCUUGGAUGUCCAUGACCUUUACACGAGUCCAACUGAUAAUAAUGGCUGAAUUCUAUUCAAUAAAAUUAUACGGAAAUCUCGCUCCGAACCUGAAUGAUUGAUUAGGUCUUAUAGGAAGUUGGCCGUUUCCCGUACCGUAAGAGUCUAAAAUUUUGGUCCGAACGUGAUAAAACAAUUGCGUGUAACUGUCCCUACACCCCCAUUUAAAGUCUGAGGGAAAAAAUUUGAAUACGAUUCAAAUAUUAAAAAGAAGCUGUUUUCCAAUAGCCUCCUUGCAUGAAAGUUUGAGAGUUCUGUACUGAAUUGUGGCUGCCGAAAUGGAUUGUGCCCCAUGACUGUAUGACGAAUACAAAAAAACUGGUGUUUAGUUCCUGUUAUAGAUUCUGCCCCGGCUAGGGAAUGCAACACAAAAAGUCAAGGUAGUUUCAUUAACGUAGUCAAAGAUUGUCGCUGUCAACAAGGGAUUAAAUUAAUAAAUUUCCCACGUACACGCAAAGAAAGAGAUCAUUAGCGCUAAUAUUUAAUCUCUGACGAGUUUUUAUCUUGAUUUAGUAACAUGGUUGAAAUGGGAAGAACUUCCACUGACUGUAAGUGAUGCUGUUGAUAAGGGAUGGACUUUACAAGACAAAUGCCAAGGUAACGGUUCAUUUAUAACAGAGGAUACACAAGCUAGUAGGAAAUGUUUACACACACUUCCAGGAUUAACAAACCCUUGAUUUCCCUUUUUUCAGACAACGCUUAUUACCGCGGUAACCGUUACGUUCGCGACGGAAACAUUACACUGAUGUUGCUAUUUGAUGAAAACAAUAGAAUAGCGGGGCUACAAACAGGAGUAAGUAAUUUCCGUUUCAUCUGUAUUCCAUUCUAAACGUGUUUUAUUAGCCUGAGAAAACAGCCAACAUUUCGCGAGGCUACUCGUGGUUUCCCCCGCGAAAUGACGUCUGAGUAACGAGCGCAGAAAUUCCAAACUGAUGACGUGUCACUACCCAGAUAUGGGUAGUGCUUCUGAUUGGUUGAAGAGACGGCAAGAACAAUCAGAAGCACUACCUACAUCUGGGUAGUGACACGUCACAGGAGAGAAUUUCUGCGCUCGCCUCCUCACACCGGUCAUUCCGCGGUUAAACUAGUGGUGGCUUUGCGAAAUGUCUGCUGUUUUAUUUGAACAUACACACACUCACCGAUGCUAUUAACAACAAGUCAGCUCGUCAACACCAUGCUAGUGCCAUCCUGUACUCCUAGGCCCAUCUAUUCGAAGGCCAGUUAACGCAGAACUGGGCUGACUGUAGAAAGUCAAGGUAAGAGGAGAGGGGCGGGAGAGAGAGAGAGAGAGGUCUCUUCUCUUAUUCUUUCCUGACUCCCCCUAACUUUUUUUUCACUGCUCAAAGUCCCGGAUAUUUUGAGACCAAAACUGGCGACCAAAAAACUGCGCAAAAAAGUUCAUUACUGCUGAUUAGAUAUUCAGUCUGUUAACCAACUGGUAAGCUGCUGUUUGUAAUUUGUUACAUAUCAGAAUGGUGAUACCAAGUGAAUUUUGGUAUGUAAUCAUAUAUGUAAUUUUUGGUGUGUAAUCAUUUAAUUUGAGAGAGCUUGUUCAGAUUGAUAAUUGCAAAGAUAACACAAUAAUUAUAGAGUCGUUAAUACCAUAUGAAGUUUAUUUUGAUGAUAUGUGUGUUACUUUCGACAGAUUGCGAAAUCAGCUUUCGGUGCUAAAAAAGGGUUACCGUGGAAAGAGGAGAAUGGCAAUUACAUAAUAACGGCUUACUUCAAAGAUCCAAGUCUAAUUUGUUCCCACAGACCCUCGCAAGCCAAAUAUAUCGGCGACCGACUUUUGAUUCAGAAAAGUUCAACUCCGUAUGACUUCAUCCAUGUGCCUUUACUUGAAGAUGGACUAUUUGAAAGCGCAUGGACGGAGGGUGAAUGCUUUUGGUCAAUGGGUAAGCUUGCACCGAUCUAACCGCGUUAUCAAUCUACCUAAUCUUACAUACGUUAAGGGAACUGGAGCCGAAAUGCGUCCCGCUAUUGUUUCAGGGAUGGUUACUGCAGACGCGCCGGUCAACUAUUCGCCAAUUUUUUCCUCUUUCCUGAGUUACACUCCAAGAGAUCUUUGCAAAACGUAACUCGAUAGGCUAAGUUUCCUUCUCAUGUCUCAAAUGCUUUGGGUAGUUAUUACGUUUAACAUAAUACUAAGAAGCCUUUAGAAAGAGAGAGGGCAUCAGCUCUUGAAUAUGGUGAAUCGCUGGUGGUAAUUCCCAAUUACACAGAGAGCAACGUCUCAUCAGUGGGAGCUCAUAUGGAAUAAACUAGCAAACUGGCCAGCUAUUUCCCAAUUUCUCUUUGUUGCAAGUGGAGCAUGCGCAACACAUUUACGUGCAUAUUGAAAUCAAUUGUUGGCUUUUCUUUUAAAGGAAAAUUGUACUGGUAUGACCUGUCAAACGUUGCUGAUUGUGACUCCGUCUUCCCUGUGUUUCUAAUGUUCACCAAUGGCGUGCUGAACGGUUUUGGCUGGGUUCUUCCCUUUAAAGUUGACAAUCCACGAUUUGUACAUCCUACUAAAGAGUCGUUUCCGGUACGUUAAACAAAAUUUAACUAAGUGUAAGACCGGUCUUAAGCAAAUAUCUCGAGUCCUCAGUAUAUAAAAUUGACGAAUUUGAAACAGAUGUCCACAACUGAGGAAAAAUGAAAGAAGAAAAUAACAACAAAUAAUGACCUCAAUAAAAACCUCCAAAUAAGCUUUCAAAACUCCCAGCAUUUGUUCUUAGAAUUAUUUCAAUCGCCUAUGAAAAAUACAGGGCGAGCACAAAACGGAAACAGGUGAGCUUCGAUUCGGGUUCUUAGUAGAUACCGUAGUAACAUGCCCUAAUCAGUUUUUCUUCUUAAUCGGGCCUUUUACUUAGCAGUGACUGGUUUGGCUUUAUUUUGCCCAAAUUGUCAGACUGGUUUCCCAAGACACCGAACUUAGCGGAAAUCAUUACGAUCUUUCGCCCCAUAUAAGGGAAUCCGGAUUACGGAAUCCGGCAAAAUCAGGAAUCCUGAGCUUUGGAAUUCGGAAUAAAGCUCAAGGAAUCCGGAAUCCCGUUAACGAUUGGAUUCCAGACUCCAAGUUUCACUGACAAAGAACCAGAAUCCAAUACCUGGGAUACGGCAUUCACUGCAUGAAAUUUAGAAUCCAGAGCUGCCUUGGAUCCCCUUACAAGGUGCUAUAGAGAAAGUCAUUAAUAUUAAUCUUAAGUACCUUUGAUUGUUGUUUGGCUGGUUCGUUGGUUUUGGAUAAUAAAACGUCGCAGAUCGUUAAAAAAAGGGGAAAAUAGUCUUUGAGUCCGGACUUUAAACAGACUUAUCUCUAUAGUAUUGAACGUCCGAAACGUAGACCUUUUCAUGCGCCAUUAACUCUGAGUGUUGUCCUUAUUUUUCUUUGUAUUUCUUCAUUACAGUAUCUUUUUAAGAACGCCACUGUACCCGACUGUUUUCGGAACACUGGUUAUCUGUCCUUGAUGCAUGUCUACUUAGAUUCCAAUCCAUUCUUCAACAUUUGCUAGAUGAACUUCCGCGGAAGGUGCAGAAAGAGGAAGGGCGUUUGCUACUCUUAAAGUAUUAGAUAGAAUUCCCAUAUUUCUGUAGAUGUUCAGGACCCGAAAUAAAACAAUGAAAUAAAGAUCAAUUAUAAGUAGUUCCCAUUUUGCUCGGCCUGGGUUGGGGAAGGGCGUAUUUUUCUCCUGAGGGAUUGUUUAGUUUAAUUUCCGGCUCUAGGCUUCUUCGCUUUUCGUUGCAGCUGUUGUCAGUCUUUGUUCCUGUUUAGUUCUGUUUGUGUUCAUACGUCUGCUUUAGGAUUCUUUUAACCUUGACAGUGGGAGCCUCCAGAUUGGACCAUGAACGCGAUAUUGAGAACCAGUAAAUGUUCUUGACGGACAGUCUACACAUUCACUCUUGUUUCAGCCACUCUACAACGGCCACUUUCUUCCGUUCCCAAGUUGGCCGCUGUAGACAGGUUCAACUGUAUUCUCUUAGAAGUCAAAUUUAAACCUUGCAAAUUAGAAGUUUCAUAUUGCAAACAAAAAAAAUUGAUCUUAUCUUCUGUACUAACUUGCUUUUAACUCCGUUGGGUAUUGGCCUUGCAAGACAUGUGACAGCAAAUUUAAACGAAAACAGGUGACGAGAAUAUUUUGAAAAGUAAACGAACUUGCGUAAAUAAGUCGAAAGAAACUCUAAAUUGGACUCAGACUCAGUUUAUCUUUACUAUUGCAGUGGCAAUCACGUUGAAAUAACAGUUGAAGAUUUUUCUUCUUUCGGUCUUGCCCUAGUUAAUCCUAUUUUAACACAUGCUAUAUUGUCUGUAUUCAAGCAAGUUCGAAAACCAAUUUCAGCUUAUUUCUACUGAUUAUAAUUGUAGAUUAGUCCUUGUAUUAUGUAUUUUUUGCAUAUGUUGAUAGUUACCGGAUCACCUUGCAUCAAAUAAAUUAAAAAACAAAACAAUAUAAUCGAUCAAAAUUUUUAUCUUUCCAUUUCCUUGGAACAUGUUCUCUUCUUUCCAAAAACGUAUAUUUCAUGCGACCAUUUCCUGAAAUUAAAUGACAAAAAUGCUUGGUUUUCCUGUGCUGCUACUUCGUUGUGAUGGAAACCGAGUCAAAUAUUUACGAUUUGCAUACGUAGUUUGUAACAACCAAGAGAACAACAAACCUUGUGAUCGCGUGCCGCCUGUACGUCACAGUCAAUUAAUCACGCGGUUAUUCACCAACUUGGUCAUAUCUAGUUCAUUUGGCGAGCGAGAUAAGAGUUGGGAUUAUUUGAAACACUGGCCGUGUUACUUAGUCAGAUACUUAACGCCAUGGUGCAGUUGGAAGGUGAAUUAGUGAAGAACCAAAACCUCGAACUCGACAAAGAUUACCUCGUUCUUGCAAGUAUCGAUUCCUCAUCGGACGACGACGGCCAAUGCGACGAAAACGAUGUCUUCAACACAAGUUGCCACGGAAGUCAUUUCAAACGAAUGAAGGAGGAACCGACACAGUGCGACGAAUAUGCCAUCAAGCGAAGAAAGCUUCACACACAACUAGACUUGAUGAAUUCUAUACUCAUGUCCAUGUCUUUCGGUGGGAACGUUACAUCCUCUGAUGAACUAUUCAGUGACGGUUCUGCUUCAUGCAGCAAACGAACGGUGUCAAGGAAAUUGCCAACCAAACGACUGGCCGCACGAAAAACGAAAAGCAACAACCACUGUAGAUAG